AUGUACCCUCGCACGAUAAUCCUUCUGACGCUGACAUGUAUGGCGUUUGCCGCGGACAAGCCGAUACCCAUCAUCAGUCAAACCCAAGACAUCAGCCCUGACGGUAGUUUCUCCUCGAGAUGGGAAACCGGGAACGGGAUCAUCGUUCAAGAGGAUGGUGUCUUGAAGAAUCCUGGCCAGAAGGAUGCCGAAGCUGAAGAGGUCCGUGGUUCAGCCUCGUGGACAGCGCCGGAUGGGACGAAAAUCAACCUCGGUUGGCUGGCCAACGAAAAUGGUGCCAAUUUCCAAGGGGCGCAUCUACCGACGCCACCGCCGCCCCAACCGAUACCGCCGCUCAUCCAACGCGCGUUGGACUGGAUAGCCACCCAUCCCUACAAAGACGAGAAGAAUAGAUUGUAA